CUGCCGAGGGCCGCUCGGAAGAGGGUGGGGCCUACCCGCAUCAGGACCAGUCUGGCUGCACCUGCAUCCUUCCGCUCAGAGCAUCCCCGGAGCAUCUUAGGAGGCGGCCGCAGCUGGCAGUCAGGGGCCCGACCGUCGCAGGAGGUGUCCGCCAGACACCUUCCCCCUCCCCUGAGCUGGCGCUCUACAACGGCGGCCUCGGUGCUGACCGGGCGCCCCCAGACUCGUCUGAUCCCUGAAAAAGCAUACAUACCAAUAGCCUCUGAUUACGACAUGGCUGAGAUCACCAAUAUCCGACCUAGCUUUGAUGUGUCACCAGUGGUGGCUGGCCUUGUUGGGGCAUCUGUGCUGGUGGUGUGCGUGUCGGUGACCGUCUUUGUGUGGACAUGCUGCCACCAGCGGGCAGAGAAGAAGCACAAGACCCCACCAUAUAAGUUUAUCCAUAUGCUCAAAGGCAUCAGCAUAUAUCCAGAGACCCUCAGCAACAAGAAGAAAAUCAUCAAAGUGCGGAGAGACAAAGAUGGCCGUGGGAGGGAAGGUGGGCGCGGGAAUGUGCUGGUGGAUGCAGCAGAGGCGGGCCUGCUGGGCCCAGACAAAGGUCCCGGGGGACCUAGCUCUGGAUCUUGUAUAGACCAGUUACCCAUCAAGGUGGACUAUGGGGAAGAACUGAGGAGCCCCAUUGCGAGCCUUACCCCUGGGGAGAGCAAGACCACUUCUCCGUCAUCUCCAGAGGAGGAUGUCAUGCUCGGCUCUCUCACCUUCUCAGUGGACUACAACUUCCCGAAAAAAGCCCUGGUGGUGACAAUCCAGGAGGCCCAUGGGCUGCCAGUGAUGGAUGAGCAGACCCAGGGCUCUGACCCCUACAUCAAAAUGACCAUCCUUCCCGACAAGCGGCACCGGGUGAAGACUAGAGUGCUACGGAAGACCCUGGACCCUGUGUUCGACGAGACCUUCACCUUCUAUGGCAUCCCCUACAGCCAGCUGCAGGACCUGGUGCUGCACUUCCUUGUCCUCAGCUUCGACCGCUUCUCCCGGGACGAUGUCAUCGGGGAGGUGAUGGUGCCGUUGGCUGGUGUGGAUCCCAGCACAGGCAAGGCACAGCUGACCAGGGACAUCACCAAAAGGAACAUCCAGAAGUGCAUUAGCAGAGGGGAGCUCCAGGUGUCUCUGUCUUACCAGCCCGUGGCACAGAGACUGACCGUGGUGGUCCUCAAAGCCCGACACCUGCCGAAAAUGGACAUCACUGGCCUCUCAGGUAAUCCUUAUGUCAAGGUGAACGUCUACUACGGCAGAAAGCGCAUCGCCAAGAAGAAAACCCAUGUGAAGAAGUGCACUUUGAACCCAGUCUUCAAUGAGUCUUUCGUCUAUGACAUCCCGCCAGACCUCCUGCCCGACGUGAGCAUCGAGUUUCUGGUCAUCGACUUCGAUCGCACCACCAAGAAUGAAGCCGUGGGGAGGCUGAUCCUGGGCGCGCACAGCGUCACCAGCAGCGGCGCCGAGCACUGGCGGGAGGUCUGCGAGAGCCCCCGCAAGCCCGUGGCCAAGUGGCACAGUCUGAGCGAGUACUGAUCCUGCCUGUCCUCCCGGAGCCGAGCCCGAGGCAGGCAGGGCAGGCAGAGGGAGAGAUGCCGGAGAGGAGUGGACUCAAAACCUCAUUUUAGUUGUAGAAGAUUUCUUACAAAACAAACCCCACAAAGAACACCCCACGUGACCACAGCUGCAGAUCAGUUCUUAGGGAGGAUGAUUUUUCUCCUUUGCAAGGCACUAGAAAUCCUUUUUUUUUCAAUGGGGAAAAAGAGAGGGAAAGGCCUCACGAGUCUAUAUAUAACAAUGUAACCUUAUACUUGCAUGUCUAAUACAAACUGAAGAAAUUAGCCUAACUGCCAAUAUCAAGUUACAGAUUUUGAACCAUGAAAAUUGUGUUUUGUGCCGAAUUGUAUUUGCUGAUCACCUGAAAUUGGCCUCUUUUUACUAGGCUUCUCUGGAGAGUGACUCUCGCACCCCCUCUCCCCCCAGAAGGAUAUUUUACUCACAUGAAAGCUCACGGUGUCCUCAUCCCUGUCUUGUCUCCCUCACGCCUCAGACAGCUCCUGGAGCUCAGGGUCCAGAGGUCAGUCGUGAGCCAAGAAACGAGGGUGGGGUGGAUAAGACAGGGUGUGCAGGGGAAAUAGGAUGUGGGAUGCGGAGUUUUUGCUGCCACACUGCUGCUGGGAGGCCUCGGGGGUGGCCUAGGGUUAACUUGAGAUGAAGCACAUGAACACAGCAGACUUCAAGGUAGAAUUUGGGUUUACUAAACUAGAGAUCCUCUCUGGAGCGAGCUUCGGAGCCUUCAAAACUAGCUGAGGUGGCUCCAGUGGGCUCAAGCGGCAGGUCCCAGACACCAUUUGUGGGUGCAGGCAGGACAGUGUCCGCCACCCCCCUCUCAGCGCCACCAGGAAGUGACAGCCAUUUGUUGGUUUGGAGGAUGAAAUUGGCCUUUAUUUUUCCAGAAAUGCUGACCAAUGAGAAGCUUUAGAGUUUUCUCAGGUAGCUUAGAUGAAAUUGGUUUUGCUUCACAAGGAAAAUGGCCAUCAGAAAUUAUUCUUUAUCCUUAAAUUUUUCCAUUACGGCUCUUAAAACUGAGGAAGUGAGUGAAAUGAGUAAAUGUGAGUUAAUGAGCAACUGAGGUAACCUGGAUUCUUUUAUACCAUCCUGCCCCUCCUCACAGAGUGCUUAGUUCUUGGAUUUUGAGUUGUCAAGGGAAGGGAUGGGGAAGCACAGAGCUGCAUCCCUCUCCUGCCAGCCGGCAGCUGAGGUUGCCAGGGAGCCAGUGUCUUGCCAGGAUUAGAACUUAGGUCUCCAGCCUCCUGGUCAGCCAUGGCUCUAGCGUCGAGACCUGUCACAGGGCAGAGGCUGGUGGGCCGUCAGUGAGCUUGCCCAGGAAGAUCUUUCCCCUGGCCUGCAGAACAGCUCAGAUGGGCAGCUGCUGGAAUCAGCCUGAAAGAGCAGGUCCACACCCAACGAGAGAGCAUCCCUUCUGACUCACUUCUGAGGAGGCUGGGAGUUCACAGACAGGGUGGCACUGCUGCCUGGGUCAUUCCCUUAGCUCUUGUGGAUUUGAAACCAGUCUGCUCCCCUGAA